GUGAUAAGGAACUCAUAACCACAUAUCCUCGAAGCUAAGUAUAAGCAGUCGCACAAUCACGCAGUAGUGAAGCGCCGUUUUUCACUUCACGUUUUGAGCCACCAGCUGCGAAACAUGACAUCUGUGCUACUACCUUGCCAGAAGCGGGCAGCUCUGCUUAGCUCCAGCAGCGGGAGACGGCCUCUCAAUUUGCUCGCGGCCCAUGCCCGCUGCGCGCCACCGCGGGCAGCGGUGACUUGCCGAGUAUCUGCAGUGGCGUCUGUGUCCUACGAAGUCGCGGAUGAAGCUGUCCUGCGCUCGCUGGAGCGGCCCGCCAACAACAUCGUCUCGCUAAGCCCGCGCCGCCAGCCGCACUUCAUGGCGGUCAAGGAGCCCACCAGCUGGGUCCCCUCUUUGCUUCCCGGCCCAUCCGCCGAGGAGUCCAGCGGCCUCGACUUCGUUGACCUGGUCAAAACCCCCCGGGCAGAGGUCCAGGCCCGGCUGCAGGACGCUUCCACGUACCUCAUGCUCGGCUGCGCCAACGGCGUGCUGCCGCGCUCCUCGUCAUCAACAGCAACGGCGCCGGUCAACGUGCGCGCGCUGACGCGCUUCCGCAACAACGUCACGCGCAACCUGUCGCCCGCCAUCGCGGUGUCCUGCAGCGAGGCCAUGCAGGCCGCCAAGGCCGCCACCAAGCGCCGCGUGCAGGAGCUGCUGGAGCAGCAGCGCGCAGCCACCGGCGCCAUCGGCGGCAGCAGCGGCGCUGGCCCCGGCGCCAUCGCCUCCUCGGCUGUCUCGCAGGUGACCUGCCGCUUCGUGGUCGCCUCGGCGUCCGUAGAGCAGCCGCUCGAGACGCCGUUGCCGGCGCUGUGUGUUGCCGGCGUUGCCGGCGAGGGUGCGGCGGCCCCGGUCAUUGUGGUUGCGGCGGACGUGUCGGCUGUGUCCUCACCGACAGAGGCGGCGGAGUCGGCCGCGCAGCAGCAGGAGGCGGUCGCGCCGUCGGCCAGCCACGGCGCGCCCAGCUUGAGUGGCGACGACCUGGAUGCGUUGCGGCUGCAGCGGGCGGAGGAGCACCUCGCCGUGGCUGUGGGCGGCGGCGGCAGCGGCCGGCGGCGCGGCAGCCGCGGCCGCGGCCUGGCUGGCGCAGGCCGCCUGCAGGACAAGUCGGAUGCGGCUUGGAUCUGAAAUUCUGAAGGAAAAAACUGUUGGACAGGAUCGUGUUACAUAACUAGAGCGGAGCGUUGAUCAGCGAUGGAAUGGCGCUUGCGGCUUUUGCGGCGAUGCGAGAGCUGGUCGCUCGUGUCACGGCUCGGUGCAGAACAACGGCGAAUGCGCGGGCAGCGUUUGUUGUGAUUUUGGUAUUGAUUCGCCUUACUGGAUACAAACGCACAUAUGGUACUGUCUUCUGGUCCAGUGUUUGCGCGGCGUUCAGGUGGCCGUGGAGGAGUGGAAACCGGCGUGCGCCGCAGCAGAUGCUGCCGCGUGCUUGGAAUACUACCCCCAAGCUAGCUACUUCGUACAAAUGGAUACAGUCCCGAAUGUUUGUGAGCUGCAAGAUUCGCAGUGGCGCGUCCUUUGAUGCCUUUUGUAUGACUUGUUUGGGGUUUUGCACAAGAGUACAGGAACCAGGCCGUCCCGAGUGAUGGUUGAUUCAUGCUUUUUGCCCCGAAAGCCGGGGAUGAACAAUGACGGUCUCCUUGAGCGCAGAAGCGCACAGGAGCCGGGCAGGCUGGAAGCGUGGACGGAGGCGGGCUUGCCAAAUAAUACCUCGAAUAAAUGCCACGGCGCAAAAGCGCUGGAAGCUGAGGAUGCGCGGUUGUGAAAUCCUGGGCGUGAGUUACACGUUGCAGCGUCGAGUCACUGAGUGUAUGUCAUGCGUCGAAUGGAAGCGUGUGUAGCAGGUUUAGUGCCCGAGGUAACGCGGGUAGAGUAAUAUGUGUGUGUGUGUGUGUGUGUGUGUGUGUGUGUGUGUGUGUGUGUGUGUGUGUGCCGGCCGACAAUCAAGAAGGCUGUGCUGGGAGGUAGAGCGUGUGUGGCCGGAGGCUAGGUACAAUGUGUCUGUCUGUCGCGAGUGGGUGUGUUCGUCUUCGUGUCACCACGAUGACGUGUACCGCAUUUUGGCUUCUGUAUUUCGUGGCUGUGGCACAUGGCGCGGCUUGACGGUCUAUGAAUUUUGGUUUGAGGGACUGGGCUUGACCUAGGAUUCUUAUGCUUGCUUUGAGCGCUGACAAUUUUACGGCUUCGUCUUUGGAGCUAAACACGGCAGUAAUGCCGCGGAUGGGUGCAGGACGGGCAGACAGGGUGCAACCCGGCUGUCCUGCAUAGCGCAUAUGAUGAGAAGGACGUUGUGGCCACUGGCCAGUGCGCAAGGGGUGCGGGCGCCUGCCGCAGUUGGGCAAGGCGCCCCCUGCACGUGGUGCCCUUACUAAGGGUGCUAUGGAUGCGGUAAGGGGCAGGUUGGCGUGGUGCAACGUAGUUAACGUGGUGUAAGGGGUGUGGGCACCUGACGUGUAACAAACAUGCGAG